GCAAUGCUUUGAGUAAAUGCAUUAAACAUUUAAUUUUCUAUAUUUAAUAUAUUAUAAUUAAACGUGCGAAAAUAAAUUGAUAGUUCACGUAUGAAGAUAAAACCUUAUAAUUUGCUGUUACCUAAUGAACUUUAUACAUAGUUGUUAAAAUUCUUUAUCGAGUUAAGUGAUGGCCGAGUCAAUAGACGAUCUUUUCGACUGUUUCGAUGAAGAACCGGUCAUAGUAAAAGACCAGGAAACUCCCGCCGAAAACGCUCAAAAUUCCACCGAAGUCGAACAGAACUCUUCGAAGGAAGAUUUAAAAAGAAAAAAUGAAGACACCGAAGCGGACGAAUCCCUAUCUAAAAAGCCUAAAAUAGACGACGAAGUCGAAGUCAGCGAUAUCAAUUUCGAAGAAUUCAAAAAUCGCAUAGUCGUCCAUGCGAUAGACACCCUAGAAUCCUGUACUCACGAAGUAGCCUACCCACCGGGUCAACCCUACGUCCCGCUGCAACCCCCCAGAGGCGAACCGGCCAAAGAAUACCCCUUCAAACUCGACCCGUUUCAGAAAGAAUGCAUUCUCUGCAUCGACAACAACCAAUCGGUCCUAGUCUCCGCUCACACGUCCGCAGGAAAAACCGUAGUGGCCGAAUACGCCAUCGCGACGAGUCUGAAAUACAAGCAAAGAGUCAUCUACACGACCCCCAUCAAAGCCUUAUCGAACCAGAAAUACAGGGAAUUCCUCGACCAAUUCAAAGACGUCGGUUUAGUCACAGGCGACGUUACCAUCAACCCUUCCGCAUCUUGUCUCAUAAUGACCACCGAAAUCCUCCGAAACAUGCUAUACAGAGGCUCCGAAAUCAUGCGAGAGGUCGGCUGGGUGGUCUUCGACGAAAUACAUUACAUGCGAGACAAGGAACGCGGAGUCGUAUGGGAGGAAACCUUAAUUCUGCUACCCCAUAAUGUGCACUUUGUGUUUCUAUCUGCCACUAUACCGAACGCCAGGCAGUUCGUCGAAUGGGUCUCGCAUUUGCACCAGCAGCCCUGCCACGUCGUCUACACCGACUACCGUCCCACUCCGUUGCAGCAUUUCCUCUAUCCGGCCGGCGGGAACGGCAUACACAUGGUGGUGGACGAAUCGGGCGCCUUCAAAGACGACAGCUUCAACGCCGCCAUGGCCGUGUUGCAGGGCGAGGCCGGCAAGGGCGACCAGAAGGGCCGCAAGGGCGGCAUCGCCAACAAGGAUCCCACCCAAACGGACAUAUUCAAAGUGGUGAAGAUGAUCAUGGAGAGAAACUUCGCGCCCGUCAUCGUGUUCUCUUUCAGCAAAAAGGACUGCGAGGUGUACGCCAUGCAAAUGACCAAGCUGGAUUUCAACACCACCCAGGAGAAGCAACUGGUCGACGAGGUCUUCAACAACGCCAUCGACGUGUUGAGCGAAGAGGACAAACAGCUGCCUCAAGUCGAGAACCUUCUGCCGCUGUUGAGGCGAGGUAUAGCCAUACAUCACGGCGGUUUGUUGCCUAUAUUAAAAGAAACGAUUGAGAUAUUGUUCGGUGAAGGGUUGAUUAAAGCUCUAUUUGCAACGGAAACGUUCGCUAUGGGUCUCAACAUGCCCGCCAGAACGGUUUUAUUCACCGGAAUGAGGAAGUUCGACGGCACCGAAUACCGGUGGAUCACCUCCGGAGAGUACAUACAAAUGUCCGGAAGAGCCGGACGAAGAGGCCUCGACGACCGAGGCAUCGUCAUACUGAUGGUCGAUGAAAAAGUCCCACCGGCCGCCGGCAGGAACAUCGUGAAAGGUCUACCCGAUCCCAUCAACUCCGCUUUCCAUUUGACCUACAACAUGGUCCUCAAUCUGCUGCGCGUCGAAGAAAUCAAUCCCGAAUACAUGCUGGAACGGUCGUUCUACCAGUUCCAAAACCAAACCGCCAUACCGGGCUACUACGAGGACUACCAGAAGAAACUGGAACGCCUGAACUCGCUGACGAUCGACAACGAAGACGAAAUAUCCACCUACUACAACAUCAGACAGCAAUUGCAGCUGCUGAGCGCCCAGUUUCGCACGUACCUCACCAAGCCGGAGUAUCUGAUACCGUUCCUGCAGCCCGGCCGAUUGCUGAAAAUCAAAACGCCCGAGGACGAGUACGAUUGGGGCGCCGUCAUAAACUUCAAGAAAGUCAACGAAAUCGUGCCGGGUAAGAAGAACCGACAGGGCCACCACAAGACCCAAACCAAAGUUAAAGUGGACAUCCUUUUGCACGUCGUCUCCGACGAAUCCAACGAACUCCAAAUACCCAAACCGUGCUCGGACAAUCAGAAAGGCGGCGAAAUCGAAGUGGUCUGCGUCGAUUCCACGCUGAUCACCCACCUGUCGUCCAUCCGGCUGUUCUGUCCCAACGAUCUGCGCUCGAAGGACAGCCGAAAGCGCAUGUACAAGGCCGUCAAAGAGGUGAAGAAGCGCUUCCCGGAGGGCCCGCCUCUGCUCAACCCCAUCGCCGACAUGAAAAUCAAAGACCCCGAAUUCGCGGACGUCGUCUCCAAAAUCGAGGUGCUCGAAAAGAAGAUGUACGACCAUCCGAUGCACCAGAACCCCGACGUCAACGACGACUACGCCAAAUACAAGCAGAAAGUCCUGGCGCUCGAGGAGUUCGAGCUGGCCAAGAAGCGGCUGCGCGACGCCAAGUCCGUCCUGCAACUCGACGAGUUGAAGUGCAGGAAGCGCGUCCUGCGCCGCUUGGGCUAUUGCACCAACACCGACGUCAUCCAGCUGAAGGGGCGCGUGGCGUGCGAGCUGAGCUCCGCCGACGAGCUGCUCAUCACCGAGAUGAUAUUCAACGGGGUGUUCGGCGCCCUGACGCCGGCCCAAUGCACGGCGCUGCUCAGCUGCUUCGUCUGCGACGAGAAGAGCAACGAGGCGCCGAAGCUGUCCGAGGAGCUGUCGGGGCCGCUGCGCCAGAUGCAGGACCUGGCGCGGCGCAUAGCGAAGGUCAGCACCGAGGCGAAGCUGCCGCUCGACGAGGACGCGUACGUGGAGCGGUUCAAGCCGUUCCUGAUGGACGUGGUGUUCGCUUGGUGCAACGGCAGCCCGUUCAAGUCGAUCUGCGAGAUGACGGACGUGUUCGAGGGAUCGAUCGUGCGGUGCAUGCGCCGGCUGGAGGAGUUGCUGAGGCAGAUGGUGCAGGCGUCGAAGACGAUCGGUAACACCGAUUUGGAGAAUAAAUUCAACACGGCUAUUAAGCUGAUUAAGAGAGAUAUCGUAUUUUCGUCGAGUUUGUACCUUUAAUUUGUAAAAUUGUAAUUGUUAGUUUGGGUGUUAUUAAAUUAUACGGCUCAAACUUUCGUAUACUUUGCAAGUAUAUUUUAUUAAAAAUAAUCUCGG